GUUUAACCGGUUAGAGAGUGGCGACAUCUAGUCAGAUCGUGGAUUUACAAAAUGUUUUUCGCAUAAAUAUGCUGAUAAACGUUACCAAAUACGACCGAAAUGGCUCAAGCAAGGAGGGUUGAUCUAACGACGAUAUCUACGCAAAAUGGAACCUCAAAGAAUAAAGAGAAUAAACAUAUUACGCUCAGAUUUGAAGUGAAAUUAGAAAACAAUGACGGCAAAUCUGAAUGCGAAUUUUCAUGGCUGGAUCUCGUACAGAAGAAUCAGAAUGGUGACAAAAUCGACGAUCUCGACAACGACGAUGCUCAUCUCAAUGCCAUUGCUAAACGCUUUGAAGAAAAAUAUGGUGAAAAACCAAGUGCUAAAAAGAAGAGAAGAAUUAUGGACGAUUUCGUUGAUCUCGGAAAUGGUUAUGAUUUGGAAGAUUCUUUCAUUGAUAACGAUGAAGCAUACGAUGAAGUUGUCCCUCAUAACUUGAAAACGAAAUGGAGUGGUUUCUAUAUAAAUAACGGACAACUCGAUUUUAGAGUAGACUCAGAUGACGAAGAAUUAAUAAUCACAAAAGGAAAGAGAAAAGGUGCCGUCUCUUCGAGUAGCUCGGAAGAAGAAUCUGACGAGAGGCAAAAGAUGAGAAAGAAAGUAUCAAAGAAUGAUCUCUACUUGAAAAAGAGAAGACAAGCUGUCGAUAAUUUGAUAAAAGUGAAGAAAAAGAAAAGCAUGGGUCUAUCAUUAAAAAGAAAAUUAAGUGAAGGGAAGGCUACUAAUGAUAUUGAGGAAGUGACUGAUGACAAUGAUAACGGCAGUGACGAUGGUAACGAUAAAACUAGCUCUCAAAUAACAAAUGAGGAGAAAGAGGAAGGAACUCCGAAAUGGAAAAAGGAUCAGAAUCCUACGAGUGCACCAGAGCUUCCUUCGUUUAUUAGCUCAGAUUUACGAUCUAGUAUUGAUAAAUUAAAAAGGUUGGCUGUUGAAUCGAAAGCUGGAAAAUGCUUAUUUUUCUCAAAUGAAGAAGUUACAUCUUUAUUACUGAAAAUAUGGAUGUUUUGUAAAGUAACUUCAGCUGGAACAAGACGUAUUGUGUUUGAACACCUUGCGGCCUUCCUUCCAUGCAAUAAGGAUACCUUAAUGAAAAGAGCAAAGAAUUUAGCAAAUAAUGCUACUGAGAAAAAGGAUAAGUGUGCUGACUUGAUUGAAAAACUUAAAGCUGAAGUUGCGAAAACAAUGCCUGAACAAGAAAAGAAAUUUUUGGAAGAGAAAGAAGCUUGGGCAGCUAAAAACAAGACUGAGGGAAAUGGUCAAGAGGGAUCUGCCUCCAAUGUUCCUGGUGGAAAUAACGAAAAUAAAGUAACGAUGACCGUAAGAAGAAAAUUCAGAUGGACCAAAGAAUUAAGAUCUAUUUUAAAUGACUUAAUUGAAAGUAAAAUGAAAGAAUGGGAAAAUAUGGAAACUAAAUUUCUACCAGCAGAUGAAUUUCUAAAGAAGUUUCUUGAAAAUGAUGUAAAGAAACUAUGGCCAAAAGGUUGGAUACAAGUUAGAACUCUUUUUAACGAUACAAGAAUGGUUCAUAAAGAUUUGACGGGAGGAGACUGGAUACCGAAAAAUCAAAGAAAAACCUCUGAGGCUACAAAUAAUUCUAUUAGCUCUGCUAAUAAUACUUCAAUUUCUAUUCAAUCUCCUAAUGUUGAUUCCACUAAUAUGAAAGGAUCGAAAUUACUAAAUUUUGCUACAGAUAGCCUGUUAGCCGUCGCUCGAUCGAAAGAGAAUAAGAGGAAGUUAGAAUCAGAGGAGAAAGCGAAAAAUAGCGAGCUAGCAAAGCCAGCCAGUAUUUCGAUCACUAAUACCACUGAAACUAAAACAAGUCCAAGUAAGCAAACUCCUACUACAAACUCGGAAAUGUGUAAAGUCUACUUGAAAGGCUCAUCAAUUUCUGAAUCAUCAUAUUACGAAAGUUUCAAAAAAUCUUUUCUAACUGCAGGUUUACCGAUAAGUAAGGCAACCGAUUUAUCUGCUCAAAUUUCAAAGAAUCUAGUAAACAAUUAUAUGUCAAAAUCGAAACAAACUAGUCCGAGUGGAAAAUCAUCAACUGCUACCACUACUUCUACUCAACCAAAUUCGUCUUCUCAAAUUCACUCAGGUUACAGUAAUAUGAUUUCUUCUUUGGCUAAAGUGGUCAAGUCGAAUGAAUUGUCUAAAACAACGACUUCAAAUAAAUCUUCCAAUGAGGUCAAAGGUUUUUCUGCAAAAAUGCCUGAGGUAAUCGAUUUGUCCACUGGAGCAACAAACAAACCGAAAAGUGCCAACUCGCUUGAUGAAGCUAUUGAAACUUUAAAAGCUUUUAAUAGUUUCUCGAGCGGUCAAGACAUGAUUAAUAAACCUAUACAAGUUGUAGAAUUACAACAAAAGAGUACUGUUCCUUCUCCUGAACAGAGAAAAGUUGAAGAAGCAAAGAUUAGGAAAGCGCGAAAACUCGAUACGAAACUAGCUCAACUUCAGCAGCAACGCCAGAAACAGCAAGCUAUAAGGAUGGAAAAGCAAUUUAAUAAACCUAAACAAGAGCAAAAUGCUUUUCCUUCAAGUAUUGAUUGCUUUCUAGUUGACAACAGCAAGACAAGCCCAGAGAAAACUACAAAUAUAUUAAUACCUAAGAGAAUUUCACCGUCCAAGAAAGAUAUUUAUGUACUUAAACCAGAGGUUAGAGACAAUAUUAUUAAUAUAUCACCUGUUCAAGCUAGCUUAUUGAUGUCAUCUGAACAGAAGAGAUUAGUACAUGAGGAAGCAAAAAUAAGGGAAAUGGAUGAUCAAAACUUUAUGUUUGAAAUGGAAAGAAAAGACGACAUCAAACGACAAGAUGAGCUAAAGCGUAAGUCUAUUGACAUGAUUAAGAAGCAGCAAGAAGACCUAUUAAAGAAGAGAAGAGAAGAGGAGGAUGAAAUGAUUAGAAAACAGAAAGGGGAGCUUCUUAUAAAACAACAGGAGGAGCAACAUCGAAGACAAGAGUUAAUUAGAAAGCAACAGGAGGAGCAGCAGCUCAGAAAGCAGAAAGGGGAGCUUCUUAGGAAACAACAAGAAGAACAGCAUCGAAGACAAGAGUUAAUCAGAAAGCAACAGGAGGAGCAGCAGCAGCAGCUCAGAAAGCAGCAGGAGGAACAAUUUAGAAAGCAACAGGAGGAACAACUUAGGAAACAAGAGGAACAACUUAGAAAGCAACAAGAAGAACAGCUAAGAAAGCAACAAGAAGAACAGUUGAGAAGAAAGCAGCAAGAACUCCGUCGAAAGCAGCAAGAAGAAAUGAGAAGAAAGCAGCAAGAGGAAAUUCGAAGAAAACAGCAACAAGAAGAAAUGCAAAGAAAGCAACAGCAAGAGGAAUUGAGAAGAAAACAACAGGAGGAAAUUCGAAGAAAACAACAAGAAGAAAUGAGAAGAAAACAAGAGGAUUUGAAAAAGAAACAAGAAGAAGCAUUAAUAAAAAAGCAACGAGAAGAUAUGUUAAAACUACAGGAACAAAAGCAAAGAUCUCAGGUUUACUCGACGUGGAGUCAUUCAAUUGGUGCUUCAGAUAUUACAACUGCCCAAGCAACGUCUACUCAUUCUAAACCUAAUGUUGUUUGGAGUCAGAAUCAGAAUUUAACAGGUUCAUAUCCCUCUCUGACAAUCAGUGACUUUUCUCUGCCUGAUUUAUCUGCAUCUGAUGCUCUAAUUCCUCGUUAG